CCUGUCCGUUAUGAGACUUCCGUUUCCACGCCAUCGUCGCCGACGAUGACGGACAACCACAGCGUGUACGAUCCGAGUGCUAGAAGCAGCGGAGCGUCGUUCAACUCGGUGGACACUAUGGCGACUUCCAUCUCGACUCUUGCGCCGUUGCAAUCGCGUGGACCUGAUUGUGCCGACAUGCUGGAGCCCGUUUUGGAAGAUGACCCUUCUUCCUGGGAUCUUGUGUCGCCUCCUCAAUCUGCCGACGAGACCGGAGUAUACGCGCUGGAGAAACGGGCAGAACAGCUAUUCAGUGCCGAUCACCUGAAGACCAUUUUUGAGGACCCUAAGCUCUUGCUCAAGUUUACUGGCUUCUUGAAUUCGCAUCGACCUCAAAGCGUACCGCUACUCAUCUACUAUCUGGAUGCCACGAAGGCGUUGCGCGCAAUAUCAUACGCAAAUGCCAUCGCCGAAUCAUUGGCGGGCAUCAAAGGCCACGAUUUCACGGAGCAGUCAUCGAAGCCCACCAAGAACACGAUUCUGCAGGAGAAGGCCAAGCGUGCCUUUGCCGUUCUCGUGCAAGAAGAUCUUCCAGCCUUUGUGGCUCACACCUGGACUCACAUGGUCAGCGUGAGCGCUCAGCGACGCAUUACUGGCACCUUGGCACCACACUUGCGAGAAGCCAGCGAAGGACUCGCAGAGGUUUUCUGCCUGACCGAUCCAAGUCGAACCGACAAUCCCAUCAUCUUCGCAUCGGAGGAGUUUGCGCGCACGACUCAAUACGGCAUGAACUAUGCCAUCGGCCGGAAUUGUCGCUUCCUGCAAGGACCGAGAACGAAUCCGAAUUCGGUGCGGAGACUUGCGAUGGCUUGUGCCGCUGGCAAGGAACAUACUGAAGUCUUUGUCAAUUAUCGGCGCGAUGGCAGCCCUUUCAUCAACCUGCUAAUGAUCGCACCCCUGAUGGACAGCCGAGGAGUCGUUCGCUACAACAUUGGUGCACAGGUGGAUGUUUCAGGCCUUCUCCGAGACUGCAGUGGACUGGAAGCUUUGACCAGACUGGUAGAAAAGGAGCAAAAUCCGCAGAAUUCCGCGGAAGAUGUUGAAUCCCGGCACAAGGACGAGUUUCAGGAACUCAGCGAAAUGUUCAAUGGCUCCGAGCUGAACACAGUGCGCAAGUAUGGUGGCCGAAUGCACAAGGAGUACGUCGACGACGAAGACCUAGUGAACGAACGUGGAGGUCGACCGCGUUUACUGCUCAAGAAUCCAUCGGAGGACUCACUCGAUGAGCGGAGGCGGAACCACGCUGUCAACCAAUCACUCUCUGCGAAAGAGCUAGUUAGUGGCAAGCUUUCAGGCGUCUAUCAAAAUUACCUCUUGCUGCGACCUGCACCAUCCCUUCGCAUCCUGUUCACUUCGCCCUCUCUCCGCGUUCCAGGAAUCCUCCAAUCCCCUUUCAUCAACCGCAUCGGCGGCAGCGCCCGUGUCCGGGCCAACCUCGUCGACGCACUCGCCGAAGGUCAGGGCGUCACCGCCAAGAUCCGAUGGCUGACUCGACCCGACGAGAAUGGUGAAGGCGAAGGUCGUCCACGCUGGAUUCACUGCACGCCAUUGAUCGGUCACUCGGGCGCCGUCGGUGUCUGGAUGGUCGUUCUCGUCGACGAUGACAGCGCUCUUUCGGACGGCAGCUCGGCUCGUCGCACCAAGCAGGCUCCUCCGGUCUCUACUAACAUUGGC